UGGCCUCUGGACGCACAGGGCGGCCCCUGGGCUCCCAGAGCUCCCACUUUUCCCUCGCAGUGGACGCCCCCUCUGUCCCGCCCCAGUGACUCAUUGCUCCCCUGGCCCACUGCCACCCCCUGUCUCUUGGCAGGCGGCAGGCUCAAGGUUGUGCCGAAGCCACGGGGUCUGGAGUGUGAGGGACUCUCAGCCGCCAGGGUCUGGAGCUCCAGACGGUCCUCCAGAAGCAACAGAGGCCAGCCCGGGAUAGCUCCGCCAGGAACCUGCUGCAGCCCUGGAGAGUCAGGGCCUCCCCUCUCCUUGUCUUUGGACCUGUUGUUUUUUCAUCCUCAUGAAGAAGGAAGUGACCUGAGAGCUCAAGACAAGAGCCAUCCCCUGGCUGGGAGGAGGCCCAGGGUCCAGGGCAGUGGCAAGCCCCCCCCCAUCUCCAGCCACUGCACCUCACUGAUCCAGGCAUGAAGGGUGAUGGUGGUGCUGUGUGGGGCCUCAUGUGGAAGUACUGCAUCUCCGUGAGGACCCUCAGUGUUGAGGGCGAGGCCCCCAGCAGCGAGACUGGCACAUCGCUGGACAGCCCCUCAGCCUACCAUCAGGGUCCCCUGGUACCUGGUUCCAGCCUGAGUCCAGACCACUACGAGCACACAUCAGUGGGCGCCUAUGGGCUGUACGCAGGGCCAGGACCACAACAGCGCACACGGAGGCCACGGCUGCAGCACUCAACCUCAGUCCUGCGCAAGCAGGCUGAGGAGGAGGCCAUCAAGCGCUCUCGGUCACUCUCUGAGAGCUAUGAGCUCUCUUCAGAUCUGCAAGACAAGCAGGUGGAAAUGCUAGAACGCAAGUAUGGGGGACGCCUCGUGACCCGCCAUGCAGCCCGCACCAUCCAGACGGCGUUCCGCCAGUACCAGAUGAACAAGAACUUUGAGCGUCUGCGUAGCUCCAUGUCGGAGAAUCGUAUGUCUCGCCGCAUUGUGCUGUCCAACAUGAGGAUGCAGUUCUCCUUCGAGGGCCCCGAGAAGGUGCAUAGCUCCUACUUUGAGGGAAAGCAGGUCUCUGUGACCAAUGAUGGCUCCCAGCUGGGGGCCCUGGUGCCAUCAGAAUGUGGAGACCUUAGUGACCCAGCCCUCAAAUCUCCGGCCCCCUCCAGUGACUUUGCAGAUGCCAUCACAGAACUGGAAGAUGCCUUCUCCAGGCAGGUGAAGUCCCUGGCUGAAUCUAUCGAUGAUGCUCUCAAUUGCCGCAGCCUACACAGUGAGGAGGUGCCAGCCUCAGACACAGCCCGGGCUCGGGACACUGAGCCCAAACCAGGUCUACAUGGCAUGGACCACCGCAAAUUGGAUGAGAUGACAGCCUCAUAUAGUGAUGUCACCCUCUACAUUGAUGAGGAAGAGCUGUCACCACCUCUACCGCUCUCACAGGCUGGUGAUCGGCCUUCCAGCACAGAGUCGGACCUGCGGCUGAGGUCUGGGGGUGCAGCCCAGGACUACUGGGCCUUGGCCCACAAAGAGGACAAGGCUGACACGGACACAAGCUGCCGAAGCACACCAUCACUGGAGCGGCCAGAGCCACGGCUGCGGGUGGAGCACCUGCCCCUGCUUACCAUUGAGCCACCCAGUGAUAGCUCCGUGGAACUCAGUGACCGCUCAGAUCGAAGCUCACUUAAGAGGCAGAGUGCCUAUGAGCGCAGCCUCGGUGGGCAGCAGGGCAGCCCCAAGCAUGGCCCCCACGGUGGCCCCCCCAAAGGCCUCCCCCGGGAGGAACCUGAAUUGCGGCCUCGGCCCCCCAGACCUCUUGAGAGUCACCUAGCCAUCAAUGGUUCAGCCAACCGGCAGAGCAAAUCUGAGUCUGACUACUCAGAUGGGGACAAUGACAGCAUCAAUAGCACCUCCAACUCCAAUGACACCAUAAACUGCAGUUCUGAGUCCUCAUCACGGGACAGCCUGCGGGAACAGACACUCAGCAAGCAGACGUACCACAAGGAGACCCGCAACAGCUGGGACUCGCCAGCUUUCAGCAACGACGUCAUCCGUAAGAGGCAUUACCGAAUUGGCCUGAAUCUCUUCAACAAGAAGCCUGAGAAGGGCAUCCAGUAUCUCAUUGAGCGCGGCUUCGUGCCCGACACGCCAGUGGGAGUGGCCCACUUCCUGCUGCAGCGCAAGGGCCUCAGCCGCCAGAUGAUCGGUGAGUUCCUGGGAAACCGGCAGAAGCAGUUCAACCGUGAUGUGCUCGACUGUGUUGUGGAUGAGAUGGACUUCUCUGCCAUGGAGCUAGAUGAAGCCCUCCGGAAGUUCCAGGCACACAUCCGAGUCCAAGGGGAGGCUCAGAAAGUGGAACGACUCAUCGAGGCAUUCAGCCAGCGGUACUGUGUCUGCAACCCUGGGGUGGUGCGACAGUUCCGGAACCCAGACACCAUCUUCAUCCUGGCCUUCGCCAUCAUCCUGCUCAACACAGACAUGUACAGCCCCAAUGUCAAGCCAGAGCGCAAAAUGAAGCUGGAGGACUUUGUCAAGAACCUCCGAGGUGUGGAUGACGGUGAAGACAUUCCCCGGGAGACGCUAAUUGGGAUCUAUGAGAGGAUCCGUAAGCGAGAACUGAAGACCAAUGAGGACCAUGUGUCCCAGGUGCAGAAGGUUGAGAAGCUCAUCGUGGGCAAGAAGCCGAUUGGAUCCCUGCAUCAUGGUCUUGGCUGUGUGCUCUCUCUUCCCCAUCGACGGCUGGUCUGCUACUGCCGGCUUUUUGAAGUUCCUGACCCCAACAAACCCCAGAAGCUGGGACUGCACCAGCGAGAGAUCUUCCUGUUCAAUGACCUCCUGGUGGUCACCAAGAUCUUUCAGAAGAAGAAGAACUCGGUGACAUACAGCUUCCGGCAGUCCUUCUCCCUCUAUGGCAUGCAGGUCCUGCUCUUCGAGAACCAGUACUAUCCCAAUGGCAUCCGGCUCACGUCUGCUGUCCCUGGAGCAGAUAUCAAAGUGCUAAUAAACUUCAACGCUCCCAAUCCUCAGGACCGGAAGAAGUUCACUGAUGACCUGCGGGAGUCUGUCGCUGAAGUGCAGGAGAUGGAGAAACACCGGAUAGAGUCGGAGCUCGAGAAGCAGAAAGGUGUCGUGCGGCCCAGCAUGUCACAGUGCUCCAGCCUCAAAAAGGAGUCAGGCAAUGGGACACUGAGCAGGGCUUGCCUGGAUGACAGCUAUGCCAGUGGCGAGGGCCUCAAGCGAAGCGCCCUCAGCAGCUCACUGAGAGACCUCUCAGAAGCGGGGAAGCGAGGGCGUCGCAGCAGUGCGGGAUCGCUAGAGAGCAAUGUGGAAGGCUCCAUCAUUAGCAGUCCUCACAUGCGCCGGAGAGCGACCUCAACACGAGAGUGCCCAUCUCGCCCCCCCCAGCCCGUGCCUAACUCCUCCUCUCUCCUGGGUUCUUUGUUUGGGAGCAGGAGAGGGAAGCCCCCUCCCCAGGCCCAUCCACCCUCAGCCCCUCCCCCAGCACCCCCUCACGCCCAUCACCCUGGGCCCUCAGAAGGCCCACUGCAUGGGCAUCAUGCACAGUACUGCCACGUGCAGCAGAACCCACCGCCCUAUCACCACCACCACCACUACCACCCACCCCCCCACCUGCAGCACACCCACCAGUACCACCAUGGCCCACACAGCGGGCACCCCCCAUAUGGGGCCCAUGCGCACAGCCACCCGCCUCUGCCCACAGCUCACCCUGGUCAUGCAGGGCAUGCAGCACAUCACCAUGGGCAGCCCCCUGCCCCACCGCCCCCCACCAGCAGCAAGGCCAAGCCCAGCGGCAUUAGCACAGUUGUGUAGACAGCCUAGGCAGCCGCCUCCCACACACCAGGCACAUGAAGGCCUACCAGGCACCAGCCUCAGACCAGCCCAAGGCACCACUGUUUCCACUCCCUCUGCCCUCAUAGCCUGGGUGGGCCCGUGGGCUUGCCUUCCAUGGAGCACAGCUCCCACUCUGGCUUAGCCCUGGCACCAGUCCUCCCUUGGCCCAAGGCUGGGCCUCACCCACCCAAUGACAUGGCGCUGACCAAGGAGAAGUGGACCUGCCUCUCACCCUGUCAGCCCUCAGCCCCUUACUUUACACACAUCUGAAAACCCAUCCUAGCAAAGAAAAUAUAAAAUAGAGAAGUCAGACAAAGCAGAACCAACCCCCAGACUGGCUGUGUUGUUGCUCUGUUAUUGGCAGUGGGCAAAAUAAUAAUAAUAAUAAUAAUAAUAAUAAGUAGACCUGAUAUGGGUGAUGAAAAUACGUAAGUAAACUUUAUAUAAUAUAAAUAUAUAAAUAUAUAAAUAUAUAUAUACAUACUGUAUAGGUAGUAUUUGUGUGUGGAAGAUAAGCAUUUCAUCCACAAAGCUAGCACUAGGGACCUCCUAAGGACUGCCACUUAGGUGACAGGAAGUCAAUCUACAUACAUGUGUGAGUAGACCAAAAACUCCCGCUAGAACAAACCCAGAUCCUUCCAUAUUUUCAUACGAAGAGACUCCCUCUAGCCUGGCUGAAACCUUACACGCUCAUGACUCACUGUGCCAAGUAACACAGCGCCUGACUGUCUAAAACCCCACUCUGCUCUGUAUAGUCCCCUAUUUUAUUAACAGAGUACUAUUCUAAGUAACCAGUAUUAUAACUGCUGUUAUCUCCAGUAAGCAACUAGGCAACGUGCAGUCAGCCCCACAGAUCCCUAGACACUUUAUACUGGCUGCCAUAACUUGAUCUCCUGUGCUCUACAUUCCUUCCCUCUGUACAUGGUGAGCCACUCUCCCCUCCCCCCCACAGCCCUCCCAGGGCCCACAUGGCAGAGGGAUUCCACCCCAACACAAUGACCACUCAUCUUCCAUAACUCUCUCAUCCAGUUCCCAGCCCCAGCAGGCGGGUGGCGUGAGCGCUGGGCGGCCCAGGGCGGUGUGUGUGUCCCGUGUUGUGUUCUGAGUGGCAACAGCAAUCACUGUAACUCCAUGCAGCCAUGUGCUCGUGACCCCUGUGUCAUCAUUGCAGCUGGCCAAUGAGUGCUUGGCCCUGGCCAGGUGAAGCCCCCACUGCCUCUCAUGGUCCAGUGAGCUGCCAGGCCCCACAUGCCCCAGCUGUGUUCUUGUCGCUUCCAUGUGUGACACCAUGCACUCCCCUGGGGCCACAUGCUGCCCAUGUUCCUGUGCCUGAGUCACCCACGGGCUGUACUUUACAGUUUCAGCCCUUCCAGCCAUCACAGCCUCCAGUGCUGUGCUCCUAAACCUAGGACCCGAGGACUGCCUGUGGCCUCUGCCUGCACAGGGGCCCUUUCAGAAUGGAAGAGCUGCCGCCUGACCAUGGGCUGCGUCUAGGACCUUGUGAGCCACCGGGGCCUGCCCAACCACAAGAGAGAUCAGGAGCCCUCUCUGGCCCAUCACCACUCUGCUGGCCUGCUUGGGUCACCCAUUUCCCUCCCCUUCGUGUUGUCAUCAUCGAGGUCACGUACCAGCAGAUCUGCAAACUGAGCACUUUGUAUCUCUGCAGAGAGCAAAUCCUGCAACGUGGAGGUCAGCCUUCUGUCUCACAGGGGCUCGACCCACCUUCCCAUCCUCUGUCAGCAUGGCUCAUCUUUCUCUUGUCAUCUCUCUACACAGAAAGAGAACUGAUCACCAUAGUGUAUCUGACUGGGGCCAGCUGUCGAGGAGCUGCCCACUUCACAGUGCCCCGAGUCCCUUGCUUAUGCUCCACGUACCGUCUGUCCUCAGUUAAAGAACACUGUCUGACAAGGAAAGAGAACUGUGCUGCAUGUGACCUGGCACCAGUCGUGUGGGGCUGUGCUCUCUGUAUUGUACAUUUACAAAAUACACCAGUGUUACUGUUGGCAAAUAGUUGGAGUGGUAACAUUAAAUAUGCCGGCUUUUUUUCCACCCUCUUCUGAGCCAGUGAUACGUCAACCGUGAACUUGAGAUUGUUCUGAAAAAGAUGUGCUAUUAGAUACACUCUCACUGCUUUUGAAGGGGCACCACUCAGGAACAAACUCGAAGGAAGGCCCAAAUUAUCUGGUGGGGUGGAGUGGAGCGGGGGUCCUCCCUCUCUUCACAGUUUCUUGCAUUCUCCUGGCUAGUCAGGGCUCCAGGCUCCUCCCACGCUACCUUCCAUGUGUCCUAGAGACAAGCUGAGGAUAGUGGGUGGGUUCUAGGGACCAGACUUCUAAGCAUACUCAGUCUUUGUCUUGAGUUCCUGACUCCAUAGGUUAUUGGGGUGAUGAGACCUUGUGAUCCUGUGUUAUUUUACAGUCAGGGACCUGACUUCAUAGGAUGUGCCUGGGCCUGCAAGUUCCUCAGCAGAACUAGCUUGGAAAGCAAACGCUAUUGGCAUACUGAUGUCCCUUGUCGCCUGUUUUUCGGCUAUGGCAUUGAGACCCUGUGGUCCUUGACUGAGGAGAGGGGAGACAAGAGGAGGCAGAGGCUCUGAGUAUUUACACUUCCACUUACCACUGUCAGGAUACACUUAGGGCCUUCACUAAUGACCUGAGCUAUUCUGGCCGUCUGUGGAACUGGUGACAGAUGGAAUACCUUAGGGGAGGCAGCUGGUAAUAUCACAAAGGGCUUUCCAGGGACAAGAGUAAAGUUGUGGAUUUGUAUUUUUUUUGAAGCUCCCAAGUGAGUUGUAAUGUGAAAAUAAAGUUCACCCUAAUGUG